AUGACCCCUGCGCCGAUUGAUGAAAGUAUAGUUGAUGUGGCAGCGCCCAUCAAAGACACCCUCGGACUGCCGGAGCCCACAUUGGCGCGUCUGCAGAAAGCUGGCAUUGACUUGUCAAACGGCUAUCCCUAUAGACCAUCAAGACCACUUUUCCUGGAUGAUGUAUAUAAGAUCCGUGGCACAGAGUGGAAGCACGACGAUGCAGGUGCCCGCGCAGACAAGUCAAAAAGUGCUCUCCUGUCAGCAGCAACCAAGGUCACCGACCUCACUACGCAUAUCGGCACUGAGAUUGAAGGUCUACAGCUCAAGGACCUGACUGAUCAGCAAAAGGAUGAACUUGCCUUGCUUAUUGCGGAACGAAGUGUAGUAUUCUUCAGAAACCAGGAUCUUAGCCCCCAACAGCAGCUUGCGCUAGGCAAAUACUACGGCGUUGUGGAAGUCCAUCCUCAAGUUCCUCAGGUGCCGGGUCAACUGGGCGUCUCGGUCAUCUGGCCAGCACUGCAAGCAACGGAGCGGAAAGCAGACUUUCGCCACCCUGGAGGCGCAAGCAGAUGGCACACUGAUCUAGUGCAUGAGCUCCAGCCGGCUGGAAUCACACAUCUACACAAUGACACGGUCCCGCCGAAUGGAGGCGACACGCUCUGGGCAAGCGGUUACUCCGCGUACGAAAAGCUCUCGCCCGACUUCCGGAAGAUCAUCGACGGAAAGUAUGCCGUCUACCGCUCCGCUCAUCCUUACUUAGAGCGCGAGAACCCUGAGGCAGGCCCCAAGUAUAUCGAGCGUGUGCACCCACUGGUGAGAGUCCAUCCAGCCACUGGCUGGAAGGCACUUUGGGUCAACCGCGCGAUGACUGAUCGUAUUGUGGGCCUCGACAAGCCUGAGAGCGACGUUAUCCUCAACUAUCUGUACGACGUUUACGAAAAGAACAACGACAUCCAGGUCCGAUUCAAGUGGACACCAGGCACAAGCGCGCUAUGGGAUAAUCGUAUUACCAUUCACAGCGCCAGCUGGGACUACGGUGGCAGAUACCCACGACACGGGACCCGUGUCACUACCUUGGGAGAGAAGCCGUAUUUCGACCCAGCUGCUCCUACAAGACGACAAGCACUUGGACUCCUUGACGAGAAUGAAUUACCUCUUGACGGGCCAGCAUGA